AUGGAGAGUCACAAGUCCCUACCUAUAAGGGAAAACCGAGUUGGGCUGUGGUCCACGCGGCUUGGAGGUGAGUUUAGAGAACAUCGGUGUGGUUUCUAUCGCCAUCGACGACUCAUUGGCCCAUCGAGGUCCAAAGAUGUCGGAGAUUUCACGGGCCUUUCGGAUGGCCUCAAUGAAGUCUUCUGUGGUGCGCAGAAUGCUGUGAUGGGCGGCGAAAUGGGAGGCGACCAACCAGCCAAUCAAACGCCAACUCUAUUCCACCAAUCCAAAUGGGGAAAUUCUACGUGUUUCUACUUUUCCAUGUGUUUUGGUCAUUUUCAGACCGUAUUUGUCUACUCACCCAUAAGGGCAAUUGAUGCUGGGCACACGAGCAAGGAAGUUGGGCAGAAGUUGAUUGAAGGGUUUUCCAGAGAGGGCACCAUUGAUGGUAGGACAGUAAUCGCAGUUCUGCUCACGAGCCGAGUCACAGAAGGUCAGGCCACCUUCGGUUUUGUGGACUCCGCAGCAGGAAAGGUGCGUGCUCCACAUCCUGUAGUCAUCCACCCAGGACAUCAAGGGAUUUGA